UUUGUUGUGCACUCAAUAAAACAAUUUGUGAAAUUUCUGCAAAUCUGACAAUGAAUAUGAUUUCAGAUGCUCCAAAUUGAAACAAAUAAUGCUUGUGUAAUGCUAGAAAACAUAUCCUUGUGUGUCAUCAAAAUCGAAGUCGAUUUGGAAGCUAGUGCAGAACAAGAAGGAGCCGUCUCCGCGGAGCAUCCGACCAAUCCGCGUGUGCAGAAGGAGCGCGAAAGAGAUCGAGGACUUCGCCAGACGCGCGACAUCAUCAUCGAGACGUACACAAAUCAACGUUGGAGCAGCGAACUGAAAACCGAAGACAACAACGACGAAUCCUCCACAAAAAUGAACUGGGCCGCCGCACUGCAGCAGCACGGCUCGAAUAGUCCGACGGCGGGCAGCUCUCGCGAGACAACGCCGCGCGGCGGCGAUGACUCACAAGUGACCGCCUCGAAUUUUCCACAGGAAAUCGGCUACUUUUCGGGCAAUCCCAUUGUGGAGGUGACCAAAGGCAUUAUACAUCUGUACAAGAAAAACGAGCGCAAGGCCAUCAAGGAGGCACCCUCGAAUCAGCUGUGUCUGCUGGCUGUGCCGGCGACCCUAAAUUGCCACGAUUUGCUGAACUUUAUUGCGCCAUGUCACGCCGAGAUCAGGCAUGUGCGCAUCGUGCGCGACGGCAGUCCCAAUCAGUUUAUGGUGCUGCUGGAAUUUCGCUCAAAUGAGUCGGCGCUGGAGUUUUAUAAAUCAUAUAAUGGCAUUGCAUACAACUCUUUGGAGCCGGAUUCGCUGUGUCAUGCCGUCUGGGUGUCGGAGGUGGAGCGUGGAGACAAUGGCCUGCCGCCGCUGGGGCAUACGGAGCUGCCGACAUGUCCUGUCUGCCUGGAGCGCAUGGACGAAAGCGUCGAUGGCGUGCUGACCAUACUCUGUAAUCAUGCCUUUCACGCCAGCUGCCUGAUGAAGUGGGGCGAUUCCACGUGCCCGGUGUGCCGUCAUGUGCAAACCCCCGAGCUGAUCGAGGACUCGGUGUGCAUGGAGUGCGAAGGCACCGAUUCCCUGUGGAUCUGUUUGAUCUGUGGCCACGUCGGCUGUGGGCGCUAUCAGGGCGGCCAUGCAGCCGCUCAUUAUCGUGCCACCAAUCACACCUUUGCCAUGCAGCUGGGCACCUCGAGCGUAUGGGAUUACGCUGGCGAUAAUUUCGUGCAUCGCCUGUUCCAAAAUAAAUCCGAUGGCAAGCUGGUUGCUUCACAAACCGAGAAGGAUGAGCGCGAGGAGAAAAUCGAUUCCAUGCAAAUGGAGUUCACUUAUCUGCUGACCUCGCAGCUGGACACACAGCGCAAAUAUUAUGAGGAGCGCAUGGAACGUUUGGAGCAGGAGUGGCAAACUUUUAAGGUGGAUGCCAAUGAGGCAAAAACGGAGAUAACUGAGCUGCAGCAGCUGCAACAGAGCAUGCAGAAGGAGAAGCUGAGUCUGGAACGUAAGCUGGCGCAUCAUGCAACCAAAAUGAAGGAGAUGAUAAAACAGCUGACGGAAGAGCGCGAGUUGUCCAAAGCCUUGCAGAACAAUCAGUCGUCGUGGCAUCAGAAAUACAAGAAUCUAGAGGUGCAGUACAAUGAGUUCAAGCACAGUCACGACAAGGAGGUCACCGAUCUCAAGGAGCAGCUGCGCGACGUCAUGUUCUUUCUGGACACACAACAGAAGAUGGCCAACACGGAGCUGUCGGGCUCCACCAUCACCGGCGUUAUGGACAAGGAUCCGCCGAGCAGCUCGCGUCGCGGCAACCGUCGCAAUAAAUAGUCGUCUACAGUUUUUUAUUUAAGAGUUUGCGUUCGAAAUCGUUUCAAAAUAAACUGGUCGCUGCAUUUUAAAGCACAUCUAAAUAAAUUCGAAUUUAUGUUGCAAGUAAUCCUAUGCCUAAAAUGAACUAAAUGUCUAGUUAUGAUCUGAGAAUGCAACAACAUCCAACAACAAGAAAAACUCUAUAUGUGAUUUCCUUUGUGAAGCAAAAUGCUAUAACAUAUAUAUAUUUAUCCAAUAUGAUUAAAUGCUAAUAUAUACUUAUUUUCAUAUUCAUUUGUAAGCAUCUCUACUAUCCGAGUGUAUUGUGUAUUGCUAUUCAUUAAAAAUAAACCAUAAACAUUAA